ACUGCAUCAUCAGCGCUGACGUGGAAACUACGUGAGCGAAGGCACAGGCCGUCCACGCAGACUGUCAUUAGUGACGAGUCAGACUACGUAAAACUUCGGUGACUUACUAUGGAUACCUCAGUAUCGUCUCAGCUCGACAGCAGUUUAAAUGACUCAGUGACGGAUGGAGAGGAGAACCACAGUGAAGCCAGUCCAUCUCCUCAGGUACCUGUGGCAGCCGAGUCCCCCGGCGUGACCGUUGUCCAGCUGUCUGAUGGUCAGACUGUGCAGGUCCAAGGGGUCAUCCAGGCCCCUCAGACCUCAGUGAUACAGUCACCACAAGUCCAGACUGUCCAGAUUGCUACUGUUGCAGAGCUGGAAGAUGACGAGUCAGUCACAGACACUCAGAAGAGACGGGAAAUUCUUUCCAGGCGUCCGUCUUAUCGGAAAAUCCUCAAUGAGCUUUCAUCUGAUUCGCCAGCAGUUUCUAAAAUCGAUGAAGAAAAGGCAGAGGAGGAGGUGCCAGUCUCGAGCGCAGCCUCAGCAUCAGUGCCAACCUCCAUCUACCAGACCAGCUCAGGACAAUACAUUGCGAUCACUCAGGGGAGAGCCAUCCAGCUGAACAGCCCUGGAGUGGAAAGCCUUCAGGGGGCUCAGAACCUGACGGUGGCCAGCUCUCCCACCCCGCAGCCCGGAGCCACCAUCCUGCAGUGUGCAGCUCAGCCUGGAGACGCUCCACAGCAGUUCUACAUCCAGGGAGGACAGGUUCUCAUCCAAGCUGCCACAGGAGACAUCCCUGCCUACCAGCUGCGUUCGCCCAACUCGGGCCUGUCUCAAAGCAUUGUCAUGGCUGCGUCCCCGGGCACCAUGCAGAACCCCUCGUCGCAGCACGCCGAAGAGAUCACCCGCAAGAGGGAGGUCAGACUCAUGAAAAACAGGGAGGCAGCUCGUGAGUGCCGCAGGAAAAAGAAAGAGUACGUCAAAUGUCUGGAAAACCGCGUGGCUGUGUUGGAAAACCAAAACAAGACCCUGAUUGAAGAGCUGAAAGCACUGAAGGACAUUUACUGCCACAAAGCUGAGUAGCGGCGGCUGUUUGUGGUCACGGGCUGAUGACAGUGCCGUUUACAAACUGCUACAGCAAAAUGAAAAAAAAAAGAAAAGACUCUGGAACAAAAACUGCUUUGACCGUCUUUGUUUCUCUGCUCACUCAGGCCUGGUUUACACCGAAUUCAAGAAGUGUCCCGGGGAAUUCGAAUAGCUUGAGCUUGCCAGUUUCGCUCUUGUCUCUUAUCUUGUGCCCUUUUGCAUGUUGAAGACUCAAGUGUCGUACACACUAUGCUUGCUGUUACUGCUGUGCAUGGUGCGAAGCCAGCCAAUGAAAACCAGCUGAAGAAGAGGAACAGGAAGAGGAAAUACAGGUGCUUCCUGAAAAUGCACCGCUCAAGGACAGAGAUUACGAAAAAAAAAAAAAAAAACCUCAGCAGGUCAGCCAGGACUUGCUACCAGCAAGUUUCUCUGAGGUCAGACGAAGUGCACAAAAAAAAAAAACUAGCUACGCAGAUCCACCACCAGCUGCAACCAGGCAACUCUUACCAUGUUUACCUGAUAAUGUCAUAUAUGUAAUUUACGCUUCUUUUCCUAGUCGUUUCAUGCUUUCCUCCAUCAUGCAAAAACACAAUUAAGGGGAAACGUCUUCAAACGUUUCGUCGGUGAAGUGAUUUCCUGGAUUUCAUCAGCCUGUUUAUACUCUUUAUUAGGUCAAAAAGUCUUUUUUUUUUUUUUAAAGAAAUACCAGUGAAGUAAAAGAUGAAAAUCCUCUUAUGUUUGGCUGUUUAUCAGAACUUCAAAUAUAUAUGUUGAGAGGCAUUGUAUGAAUGAAAACCUAAUUUUUCAUCACUGAAGUGAGUUGAUUGCAGUUUUGGAAGUGACAGAACACAAGUGUUCUUUAGUCAAAAGCACAGAACGUACCAAAGUGUCAGUGUGGAUAUUAUUAAGAUUUAUAUUCUAUUACAUUUAUUUGAAGAAUUUCAUGCCACACGUUUAUAUAUUCUACUAAGCAAAUGUUACCUAUUCAACAUGUUUUUAAAAAAAAGUGUAAUUGUCAAUUCUCUCCUGAAAAACCUCAGUUUUCUUAAGAAAAAGCUCAAAGAGUAACUGUUGUGCUUUACUGCGUCAGUUUUGUUUAUUUCAAAUCAUGGAUAUCUGUUGUGGAAUAAAACUGUAUUUGAUUCUGGCUGGAUAUUAAAAUGCUCUGUUUAAAGGGUGA